AGGUAGUGCAUACAAAUUGAUUGCAAUCUUAGUAAAUACAAUGAAAAACACCUUAUCACGAGAACAAUAAGUGUAAAUUAACACUAUAAACGCAUAAACUGUGUCUAUAUCUUCAUGCGACGGGAUAUUAUAUGAAUUCAUAACCUUAAAACUUAAAGUGAUCUAGAUUUAAGAAGAUUGUUAUUGUUUUACCUUGAUAUACAUAGUGUAAUUUGUGUCUGAGACAAUUAGUGUGUUUAUAAACAAAAUGUGAUAAACAUUUGUGAAGAAUAUUUAAUAUUUAAGUUCUUGGAAGUUUUGGCGUGGCGCGAGGAGCAGAGACGAGUUGAAGGCAGGCAAUUCCAUGUAAUUCGAAACGGUUGCUCGCCGGGCGUUUGGGCAGCGCGAGAACUCGUAAAAGUUCAUUAAAACAACGCAGUUCGCGGCCGGUUUCGUUGGCGAUUCGACGAUCGACAGCAGAACGAAUCAUAACACCGCUGAAUGCGGUGCGGAGAUCACGGGCAGCACGGUUUUGAGUUCAUGUCGAAGACGAUGUUUUCGACGAGAACUUUUUAUUCUAUUUUAUCUUAAUAAUUAAUGAAGUUGUGAGGUUUUCAAGAUGAAUUUACUUUUUAAACUAGUGACAUUAAGUGCAAUCUUUUCGUAUAUUAAUGGUGCCAUUUUCGAAGCGUCAGUGACAGAUCUGCAGUUAUUGGUUGACGAGAAGGAAAAUAUUACAAUUAUUGUUAAAAAUGUAGCAACCAGCGGUACAUUAAAUCUCACACGUUCAGCCAAAAACAUCGUCGAAUUAACACCAAAUCAAAUCCCUAUACCAAAAUCAUCCAACGGUAGUUAUCCUGUCCUCGUGGAAGCAGUCGGAGCUGGCCAUGUCAUCAUCAACGGACAAUUCGAUGGUGACGACAAGGUACUACUACGUGUCACCGUCCUCAAAAACAUUGGUCUCGACGUUUUUUCUGUUGUUAUCGGAUGGAUCUACUUCAUCGCAUGGUCUGUGUCCUUCUACCCACAGAUUUACACAAAUUAUAAACGAAAAAGCGUUAUCGGAUUAAAUUUCGACUUUCUGUACUUAAACAUCGUUGGAUUCACUCUCUAUGGCGUGUUCAACUUGGGUUUGUACUUUUCUGAAGAUAUUAAAGAAGAGUACUUCGACCGCCAUCCGGGUGGUUUGAAUCCGGUGCAAGUGAACGAUAUUGUCUUCGCUGUACACGCUGCCAUUGUAUGUGCAUUCACAAUUACACAGACUUUUAUCUACGAGCGUGCAGAGCAAAGAGUUUCGACGACAGCACGGUUAAUUCUUGGUUUCUUUGCUGCCGUGAUCAUAAUCAGUGUGAUAUUGUCAGCAUGCAAAGUUUUAGAAUGGUUGGACUUUCUAUAUAUUUGCAGUUAUGUCAAACUGACGAUAACUUUGAUAAAAUACGUCCCACAAGCGUAUAUGAAUUAUCAACGGAAAAGUACAGUUGGAUGGAGUAUUGGUAAUAUUCUACUAGAUUUUACCGGAGGAAUGUUAUCCAUGUUACAAAUGAUUGUAAACGCGUAUAAUUACGAUGAUUGGGUGUCGAUAUUCAGUGACCUGACGAAAUUUGGCCUGGGAUUGUUUUCGGUGGCGUUCGACAUACUUUUUAUUGUGCAACACUACGUUCUUUACACACACUCGAGAUUUAUUGCCAUCGAAGGUUCGGACAUUCCCGACCCAUGAUUCGUUUUUCAUCGUUUUGGAUUCGUCAUUGCUGUCAAUGUCACUUCACACAUACACGAAAAAAGCGAGGUUAUAAAUACAAGUUAUCCACACCACAAUUUCCUGAAAUGUUGAUUUUUGUUCGCGAUUGAAACAUUAAAUUACCAAAA